AUGCUACAUAUUUGGGCCAGACGAUCCGAGCUUGUGCACAUUCUGUUGAAAGCUUUACGCGAACAUGGUUUCUUCUACGUCAUCAAUCAUGGUAUCUCACCUGAAACAAUCCAGUCUCAGUUCGACCUAGCGCAGGCGACGUUUGAUAGCGUUCCUCAAGAAGAAAAGAAAAAGUACGAGGCACAACCGGCAGAAACUGGCUCCUUUCGGGGAUAUAAAAUCAAAGAUGCCGGAUUGAACCAGGCCGAGUGGUAUAACUUGGAUCUGCAUGACAUAUACCCGCCAGAGAGUCAUCCAAGCAUUCUUCGGCCUCACCUGAAGGAAGUCGAGGAGUUUCUAAAGACAGUCCACCACACUGUGCUGAAGCGUGUUACGGCCCUAAUUUCCCUUGCCCUAGAGCUUCCGGAGCAAUUCCUCUGGACGCAGUUUGAUCGAGAGGCAGAACCCGAACGUGAUUGUCUGAAGUACACGAUGUAUCACCCUAUGACUUCCGCAGUUUCAAAAUCCUGUGACGGGAUAUUCUUGCAAGGGCACACGGACACCAAUCAUAUCACAACUUUAUUCUCACAGCCUAUUGCUGGGCUGCAAGUCUUAAUGCCUGAUAAACGAUGGAAAUGGGUCAAGCAUCGAGAUAAUGCGAUUAUUAUGAACGUCGGUGAUCAGCUGGCAUUCCAAUCAGGGGGCAUAUUCAGGGCUGCGAUGCAUCGAGUCGUUCAGCCCCCGGAAGACCAAGUUCAUCAGCGCCGACUUGGCCUAUUUCAUUUUUCCAGGGCAUUUCCAGGUAUUUCGCUCCAGCCAAUCAAGGAAUCACCUCUUGUCCAGCGUGAAGGAAACCUCAUUUUUCCUUCGGAACAGGAAGCCCCUACUACUGACGGAUGGGAAGCCGCGCGACUGAGAAGCUAUGGUCGGGUGGAGCUCAUUCGCGGGGAGGAAUACGAUGUUUCUUUCGUCGACGGCAUUGAGGUUAGGUGGUAUAAUUAG